CGGUAUUCGCUUCGUGCCUAUUCUCUCACUCAUACUUUCCUCGGAGUUCAGGAGUUCUCCGCCGAAAAACCCUAAAUUCCUUGCCCCGUCUAUAUACACAGAUACUGUAUCUAUACAUUCUCUUCCUCGAUUCUGUUCAAUCAUGGAGGUUUUUGCUCCCCAUAAGUCUAAACAGCAAGAAUUCGCUCUCGUUUCGGUCACCGAACUCUCCUCUCCUUCGGCUUCUCUAUCGUCCUCGCUUGUUGUAGCUAGGUUUUCCUGCGUUCAUGGGGUCACGGAAGUCCGAUUUUACGAAUCAGAGACGUCUGGUGGUUUCAGUUUUGAUCUUAGUUCUGCUCAGUUAUUCAAGCUGGGACCCAUGGAGUUAAUCUGCAUUUCAGACGGUUCCGGUUCCUCAAAGGAGAAUUCAUUCUCUCGUGGAGUCAUUAUCAAAUUUAGAAACGAGAAGGACACCGAGAAUUUUUGUGAUGCCUUUGAGGAGUGGAGGAAGGAUGCUGUUGUUCAAGGAUCAUCCUUGCCAAAUGGAACAGCUUCAGCUAAUAAAAGCAAGUUUGACGAUAAGAUAGAGGCUUCUUCUGCCAAAAUGUAUUUCCAUUAUUACGGACAACUUCUACAUCAGCAAAAUAUGUUACAAGAUUAUGUGAGGACAGGUACAUAUUAUGCAGCAGUGAUGGAGAAUCGUGCAGAUUUUAGUGGUCGUGUUGUGGUUGAUGUGGGCGCAGGGAGUGGAAUUUUGUCAUUGUUUGCUGCACAGGCCGGUGCCAAGCAUGUUUAUGCUGUGGAAGCAUCAGAAAUGGCUGAGUAUGCUCGUAAACUGAUUGCUGGGAACCCGUUGUUGGCUGAACGGAUAACAGUGAUUCAGGGAAAAGUUGAGGAUGUUGAGUUGCCUGAGAAAGCAGAUGUUUUGAUCUCUGAACCAAUGGGCACCUUAUUGGUCAAUGAGAGAAUGCUGGAGUCUUAUGUCAUUGCUAGGGAUCGUUUUCUCGGUCCAAAUGGCAAAAUGUUUCCUACCCUUGGAAGGAUUCACAUGGCACCAUUCACCGAUGAAUUCCUAUUUAUUGAAAUGGCAAAUAAGGCUUUGUUCUGGCAACAACAGAACUACUACGGAGUUGAUCUGACACCACUGUAUGGAUCAGCCUCUAGGGGCUACUUUUCUCAGCCUGUAGUUGACGCAUUUGAUCCGAGAUUAUUGGUGGCUCCUCCAAUGUUUCAUGUGAUAGAUUUCACUCAAAUAAAGGAAGAAGAAUUUUAUGAAAUCGAUAUCCCGUUGAAGUUCACCGCUUCUACAUGUACCAGAGUGCAUGGCCUUGCCUGCUGGUUUGAUGUCCUCUUUAACGGGAGCACGGUGCAAAGAUGGCUCACAACUGCACCUGGUGCGCCUACAACCCACUGGUACCAAAUACGGUGUGUUCUAUCGCAGCCUAUUCAUGUCAUGGCAGGGCAGGAACUGACGGGCAGACUUCACUUGGUUGCCCAUAGCGCUCAGAGUUACACCAUCAAUCUAACUCUAUCAGCUAAAAUGUGGGGUCCUGGUGCCGAUCAAGGUGGGAUCCUGCAGACAUCGUCGUGUAAACUCGAUCUGAAAGAACCUUAUUAUAGGAUGUCUCAGCCACAGGCAUACCCUGUUGCUCAAGAACCGCAACCACAACCAGAACCUCAACAGCAGCUAUUAAAUACACAGGACAUACAGAUCCAGUCCGAUGACAUAGAAGAACUAGAGUUGUUGCAACAACCUCCACGAGACGCAGGUGCCCAACUCUGAAAAAAAAAACGACUUUUCUGAUGCAGAAAACUCGAACUCGAUUUGUUAUCUCAGUGACCUAACUCUGGAAACUUGUUUGUAACAUGAUGAUGAUCAGUAGCCAGUGUCCGAAAAAUGAUGGCUUUUACUGAGUCUGGUUCAUGGUAACGACGACCUGUAACAUAGAUAUUUCGGACAGAAACCUUCCUGUUGCCCCCGUGUUUCUUGAGCUAUGACCUCUCUCUCUCUCCCGGAUUUUCCUGGGUUUACCAUAAAUUUGUACGUUA